CGAUUAACUCAACAUGCGAAAAUACUUAUGAGUGCAGUGGAAAACUUUUAUGCAUAGAUGGUAUUUGUCAGUGCUGUGAACAGUUUGCUUGGAAUGGAACUAUUUGUGUCAAAAAGAAAGAAAUUGGCAAAGUUUGCACAGAUUCAGUAAAAUGUCAAGACAAUUUGGACUGCAUAAGUAGCAGAUGUAGUUGCAACCGCUCGACAUAUUGGAACGGUAUAAGGUGUGCCCAAAAGAAAGAAAUGGGCAAAGUUUGCACAGAUUCAGUGGAAUGUCAAGACAAUUUGGACUGUAUAAGUAGCAGAUGUAGUUGCAACAGCUCAACAUAUUGGAACGGUAUAAGGUGUAACCGAAAAUUACCUUCAGAAUGUGCAGAUAUUUCUAGUGAUAAGGAUGGUGUAUAUUUUGUCUACCCUAAAGGCAAAAUGACGUCUCGUAAAAUAUCUGUUUACUGUAUCAUGAAUGGAUACAAGAAAUGGACAGUAAUACAGAAGAGAACUGAUGGAUCUGUGGACUUUUUCAGAACGUGGUCAGAAUAUUCAAACGGAUUUGGAAGAGUAGAUAAAGAGCACUGGCUAGGAAACGAGAAUAUUUACCGUUUAUCUCAAGAUGGCACACAUGAACUUAGCAUUGUCUUAGAAGAUUGGGAAGGACAUAUAAUGGAAGCUAAUUAUUCUACAUUUUCAGUAAAGAGUGAAGAAGACAACUACUCACUCAGUGUGUCAGGAUACUAUGGAAACGCAGGUGAUUGUAUGGACUACCACAACUCUAAAUCAUUUUAUACAAAAGACCGGGACAACAGGAUUGGAUGUGCCGUCAGCAGACAUGGUGGUUGGUGGUAUGACAACUGUUACUUAGCAAACCUAAAUGGGAGGUAUAAUGGAACACAAGAUAAAUACGGAAAAUAUACAGGACUAGUAUGGUAUAAAUGGAAUAAGGGCUAUUCCUUAAAGGCAACGCAGAUGAUGAUCAGAAGGAAAUACAUGAUAACUUGAGUAAAAGAAGUCAACUUAUAUUAUUUUUCUUAAUAAAUGAAUUUGUGUAUUUAA